AUGUUAACAGCGGCUACGAUGGGCGAAUUUCUACCGUCGCCACGCUGCACUGGAGGGGGCUUAUACAGUACAAUAGUCUACACUCCACCUUGCGAUUUUUGUGGAAAAUGGAGUGUGUAUGAACAUCUGCCCAAAGAGCCUGCACGGCAGGUGAGACGCCGGGACUCGACGUCGUCGCGCAAAAAGCCCGCACCGCAAGCGAGACGCCGGCACUCGACGUCAAGGCCUCGAAGGAGCCAACACCACCGGGACUCGUCAAAGCCCCAAAAGAGUCCCCGCCGGGACUCAACGUCGGAAACGAGGCCGCCCGAGCCCAAGCAGCCCGAACACCGGGCUGUGACCGAAGAGGACGCCAGGAAGCACUGGAUUCCCGACGGAUAUUCGUUGACCCACUGGGACCCCACGGAGCAGCCCAUCCUGCUGCUCGGGAGCGUUUUCGACGCCAACUCCCUGGGCAAGUGGAUUUAUGACUGGACCGUUUACAGGCACGGAAGGGGUCGCCCCAUUUCGCAGAUGGCCGGCGAACUUUGGCUUCUCCUCAUCGAGUUUUCAGGUAAAAUUAAGGGCGCCGACGAGAUCAUCCCGUCCAUCCGCCAAAAGGAGGUCCGUAAAAUGGUUGAGGACUUCAUCGAUUCGGGCGACCGCCUAACCGACAAGCUCCGCAAGCUGCUCAAGCGCUGCGAGGCCCCCAUGCUCCAAUCUUCUCAGCGCAGGGGCUCCGAGCUCGGCAGCAACGCCGGCGUCGAGUUCGUCCUAACCCUCUUUGGUCGGAAGCGCGAGCUCCCUGCGACCGAGAAGUUCAUGGCCUCGGUCCGCCUCUGGAACCUCCGGUUCGACACGAAUUGUACGGAGGUUCUUCUGAACCCUGGGAAAUAA